AGCGAUCUCGGGCAGACUUUUCUUUGCCUGCCCGUUGUGUUUUCACUCAUCAACAUCUCUCUCCCGCUUCUUCCAAGUAUUCGAAAUAGGUAUAUAUAUAUAUCUAUCUAUUCUAUAUACACUGACACACUCAUAUAUAUAUAUAUAUAUAUACGCAUCAUUUAUAUGUAUCUACAUAUUCGAUUCGAUAGUUUCGUUCUCACUAUCGAUUGAUCAAGCACAGAGAGAGAGAGAGAGAGAGAGAGAGAGAGAGAAGAGAGAGAAACCCUAGCUCCUGUGGUUAGCUGUUGCGGUCAAAUAAGGAAAAAAUGGCUUUGGAGAUCACCCAAUUUCUUUUGUCCGCUCAAUCAGCCGAUGCUAAGGUCCGGACUGGGGCAGAGGGUAACCUCAGGCAGUUCCAAGAGCAAAACCUACCAUCUUUUUUCCUGUCUUUGUCUAUUGAGCUCUCGAACAAUGACAAACCCAUUGAAUCCCGUAGAUUGGCAGGUAUCCUGCUUAAAAAUUCAUUAGAUGCUAAAGAUGCUUCUAGGAAGGAACAUCUUGUUCAACAGUGGGUGACAAUUGAUAUUUCUGUUAAAUCCAAAAUCAAAGACUUGCUCUUGAGCACUCUUGGAUCUUCAGCUCCUGAAGCAAGGCACACUUCUUCCCAAGUAAUUGCUAAAAUUGCUGCAAUUGAAAUUCCCCGGAAGGAGUGGCCUGAACUAAUUGGAUCGUUGCUUGUCAAUAUGAGUCAGCAAGAUAGGCCUGCUUCAUUGAAACAAGCAACCUUGGAAACGCUUGGAUAUACUUGUGAGGAGAUAUCUCACCAGGAUCUUAUGCAAGAGGAAGUCAACUCUGUCCUCACUGCUGUGGUCCAAGGCAUGAAUGUUGCACAGCACAGCCCUGAAGUCCGCCUUGCAGCAACUAGGGCUCUCUAUAAUGCUCUUGAUUUUGCACAGAGCAACUUUGAGAAUGAGAUGGAGCGGAAUUACAUUAUGAAGGUUAUCUGUGAGACGGCCGUUGCUAAAGAGGCUAAGAUUAGACAAGUUGCUUUUGAAUGUCUUGUGUCAAUUGCAUCGACAUACUAUGAGGUGCUCGAGCCUUACAUGCAAACUAUCUUUGAGCUUACAUCAAAUGCAGUUAAAGGAGAUGAAGAGACUGUUGCACUUCAAGCAAUUGAGUUCUGGAGCUCCAUAUGUGAUGAAGAGAUAGAAUUUCAAGAGUAUGAGACUGCUGAGAGUGGUGAUUCUGGCUCUCCGCAUUCCCGCUUCAUUGAGAAGGCUCUGCCUUAUUUAGUUCCUAUGUUGCUGGAGACUUUACUGAAGCAGGAAGAGGAUCAGGACCAAGAUGAUGGUAUGUGGAAUGUAUCCAUGGCUGGUGGGACAUGUCUAGGUCUUGUUGCUAGGACUGUUGGUGAUGCUAUUGUGCCCCUUGUUAUGCCUUUUGUAGAGGCUAAUAUAUUGAAGACAGAUUGGCGAUCCCGUGAGGCUGCUACAUAUGCAUUUGGCUCAAUUCUAGAAGGGCCAAGUGUUGAGAAGCUCGCUCCAAUGGUCCAUGCAGGAUUGGAUUUUCUGCUUAAUGCAAUGAAGGGUGAGAACAGCCACGUGAAGGACACAACUGCUUGGACUCUUAGCCGUGUUUUGGAGUUAUUGCAUACUCCAUCUACUGGAUUCUCUGUGAUCUCCCCUGCAAAUCUCCAGCGGGUUUUGGGGGUUUUGUUGGAGAGUAUUAAAGAUGCUCCACAUGUAUCUGAGAAGGUUUGUGGUGCCAUUUACUACCUUGCUCAGGGUUAUGAGGAUGCUGGCACUAGCUCGUCUCUUCUUACACCAUACCUUCCAGACAUUAUAACUUGUCUUAUUGCUACAGCUGAACGAACUGACGGUGGUGAUUCCAAGCUCAGGUCUGCUGCAUAUGAAACCUUGAAUGAGGUGGUUAGGUGUUCGAAUCUUACUGAAACAUCUCACAUCAUAACACAACUACUCCCCGUCAUCAUGAAUAAGUUGGGGCAGACUGUUGAGCUUCAGAUUGUAUCAUCUGAUGAUAGGGAAAAGCAAGGAGAUUUGCAAGCCCUUCUUUGUGGUGUCCUCCAAGUUAUUAUCCAGAAACUUAGCAGCACUGACGAGACUAAAGCUGUAAUACUGCAGGCUUCUGAUCAAAUUAUGGUAUUGUUUCUCAAGGUUUUCGCUUGCCGUAGCUCUACGGUGCAUGAAGAAGCAAUGCUUGCUAUUGGUGCAUUAGCUUAUGCCACUGGACCAGAGUUUGGAAAGUAUAUGUCAGAGUUCUAUAAAUAUUUGGAGAUGGGUUUGCAGAAUUUUGAGGAAUACCAAGUUUGUGCCAUCUCAGUUGGGGUGGUUGGAGAUAUUUGUCGUGCUUUGGAUGAGAAGAUUUUACCAUACUGUGAUGGGAUCAUGACGCACCUUCUCAAGGAUCUAUCCAGCAGUGAGCUACACCGGUCUGUCAAACCCCCCAUAUUCUCUUGUUUUGGGGAUAUUGCUCUAGCGAUUGGUGAACACUUUGAGAAAUAUAUUCUUUAUGCAAUACCAAUGAUCCAGGGAGCUGCUGAGAUCUGUGCCCGGAUGGACAACAGUGAUGAAGAGAUGGUAGAAUAUGGCAACCAGCUCAGGCGCAGCAUCUUUGAAGCUUAUUCUGGAAUUCUUCAGGGAUUUAAGAAUUCUAAGCCUGACCUAAUGGUGCCACAUGCUGCACAUCUCUUGCAGUUCAUUGAAUUAGUUUGUAGAGAAAGACAAAGGGAGGAGAGUGUGACAAAGGCAGCAGUUGCAGUGUUAGGAGAUCUUGCAGAUGCACUCGGUUCAAAUGUGAAGAUAUUGUUAAAGGACUGUUCAUUCUGUACCGAGUUUUUGGUUGAGUGUCUUCAAUCCGACGAUGAACAGCUCAAGGAGACUGCAACAUGGACGCAAGGGAUGAUUGGACGCGUUUUUUCUGUCUGCGGGUAAAAGUUAGUUAUUUCUUAAGUGCCGUUUUUUGUUCAUGAAACUGCUUUUCUUGCUCUUCGGUUGGUAAAGGUCAAGUCUGUUAGGGUCACUAAGGUUGAGGUCAUGUCUCCUUGUGUCUAUUGUAUUUUGCUCAUACAAGUUUCUGAAAUUGGGAAAAUGUUUUAUUAUCCGCUUUGUAUGAGAGUCAGAAACUUUCUUGCUAGAAAGUCAGCAUUGAAUUUGAAGCCAUUACCAAUGGAGAAGGUGGCCUCAUAUUCUUAUUAACCUUGUUAAGUUCUAUGCAUCCACUGAUCAGUGGUUCGGUUCAUCAAAUUUUGUCUUCAUCCUUGUUUUAAUAUAUGCUUUUUGUCAA